UGUGUCCUGCCGCCCGCCCGGCCCCGCCCCCGUUGCCACGGCGACGUUGUCAGCAACCCUCCGGCCACGCCCCCCGUCCUGCCUGGGCCAAUGGCGUGGCGGCGCCCGGCCUGCUCGCCGGUGACGUCAUGGCCGGUGAAAAUCCCCCGUGGCCGCGGGAGCGGCGGUGGCGGCGGCGCGGCCCCGUGGCCCGGUCGGCCCGGCCCGGCCCGCAGCAUGGCCAAGCACCACCGCACGCCGGCGCGCUCCGCCGAGCCCGUCAUCGAGGUCAAGAGCAAGUUCGAUGCCGAAUUUCGCCGCUUUGCCAUGAAGCGCUCCGGCACGGGCAGCUUCCAGGACUUCUACCGCCUGCUGCAGACGGUGCACCAGAUCCCGCGGGUGGACGUGCUCCUGGGCUACACGGACGUCCACGGCGACCUCCUGCCCAUCAACAACGAUGACAACUACCACAAAGCCCUGUCCUCUGCCAACCCCCUCCUCAGGGUCAUCAUCCAGAAGAAGGCAGAGUCUGACGCCGGCGUCUUCGCCUCAAACUCCUUGCAGCGGAAGAAGAAGGGGCUGCUGCGCCCCGCGCACUACCGGGCCAAGCCUCACCUCCUCAUCGGGAUGCCCCAGGACUUCCGCCAGAUCUCCUCCAUCAUCGAUGUGGACAUCCUCCCCGAGACCCACCGCCGCGUGCGGCUCCACAAGCACGGCUCUGACAAGCCGCUGGGCUUCUACAUCCGCGACGGCGUCAGCGUGCGCGUGGCCCCACAGGGCGUCGAGAAGGUGCCCGGCAUCUUCAUCUCCCGCCUGGUGAAGGGCGGCUUGGCCGAGAGCACGGGGCUGCUGGCGGUGAGCGACGAGAUCCUGGAGGUCAACGGCAUCGACGUGGCCGGCAAGUCCCUGGACCAGGUGACGGACAUGAUGGUGGCCAACAGCCACAACCUCAUCAUCACCGUCAAGCCGGCCAACCAGCGCAACAACGUCAUCCGCAGCAGCAAGGCCUCGGGCAGCUCGGGCAUGUCCACGGACAGCACCCCCAGCCAGCAGACCCCCAGCCCGGCCUCGCAGUACCUGAGCAACUACAGCACGGCCGAGAGCGAUGAGGAGGGCGACCUGGUCAUUGAGAGCGACAGCGCGCCCCACUACAUCCCCGGGGGCUGCCCCAACGGGGGCCCCGCGGACGGACCCCUCCAGCGGAGCCUGUCCCCGCACAGCUCGCGGGGCUCCCUGCAGUCCCUCGGCAGCCACGACGGCAGCCCCGGCCGGGGCAGCGGGCGGGAAGACGGCACCCUCCUCACCCUAUAGCCGCGGGGUCCCGCACCUCCCUGGGUGGCCGGCCAGGUUUCCAGCAGCCGGGCAGGUUGUGGGCCCCGGGGCGAUGCCGGGGCUGGUGGGCAGGGGCAGGGUGGGGCUGCCCGCUGCCCUCUCCCGCCACCCAUGUCCCCGCCUGUGGCACCCGCUCCCGCCAGGCACUGCCCCUCCGAGCCUCCCGCUCCCCUCCUUCCAAACAAGUGGGUUUUUUUAAAAUUGUUUUAUCAAAAUAUGCAUCAUCAAUUAAUAUAUUGCAACGGACAGUAAAACCUUUUCUAGAAAGCA